UAUUCAAUUUCCAUAUCUUUACUUUUCAAUACCCAUAUAUUUAUCCUUAAAUUUCCAUAUAUUUAUCUUUCAAAUUUUCAUAUAUUUAAAUUUCCAUAUAUUUUACAUAUAUUUAUCUUUUCAGAUAUGGAAGGUGAUACAUUAGAAUCAUUAAGUCGCCUUUCAAUUGACUUAUUAGAGUUUUUAUAUAAAGAAGAUUAUCAGAGAUUACUUAAUAUUGCGGAUUCAUUUCCUGAAUAUUAUUGUAGAGAAAAUCAAUUCGAUGUUAUAGUAAAAAUUGAUGGAGAAGAUUGUUAUUGUAAUUCAGAUAUACUAAGUUCGCGAUCAUCAUAUUUUCGAACUGCUUUAUCACAUGAUUAUGUUGUUAAGAAAGGUUCAUAUAUCAUUCUAGAAGAACCAAGUAUUUCUCCAGAUACGUUCAAAACAAUGUUAAAAUUUUUUUAUAGGGGAGGGAUUAAUUUGAAUAAUUUGGAUGGAGAACUUUGUAUUAGUCUAUUAAAAGCAGCGGAACAUUUUAGACUCGAAGAACUUAUAGAAGAAUUACAACGACAUAUAAUACAUAAUAAAACUACGUGGUUACAAUUUAAUUUUAUAAGAGUAAUUAAUGGAGUAUUUGUAGAAGACGGAGAUGAACGUAUAAGACAUCAUUUGAUUCAUAAGGUUAACGAUAAUCCAUGGUAUUUAUUAAAAUCUGAUGAAUUAAAAAUAUUAAAAUCUUCAUGUUUCAUAUCAGUGAUGGAUGAUGAAUGUUUUUAUGUUAAUCAAGGGACUGUAUGGGAUAUAUUAAUUAGAUGGGGAAUACAACAAAGUCCAACAUUAAGACUUGGUGUACCAAAUUGGACUUAUGAAGACUGGAUGACAUUAAAAGAAGCUAUUAAAGAAUUAAUCCCUCAUAUAAAAUUUUCAAAGGUAUCACGGAAUGAUUAUUAUGGAAAGAUUUUACCUUAUAACAAAGUUUUAUCUACGAAAGAACAAAAUUUGAAUGAUGAGGUAUUACUUUGUUAUCUUGACAAAGAUGUUUUAACAUCAAAUAGUAAAUUAUUAAGACAAGUAUUUUUAGAUGAUAGUUCAAUAAUCAAUCAUUUCCAUGCUAAUAUUAUAUUACAAUGGAUUACUGAAGGUAGAGAAGAACGAGAAACAUUUUCUUCUUAUCCAAAAAUCAAAAAAUCAUUUUUUGAUUUUUUUUGCUUUAAAAAGAAUUCAAACCAUAAUAGAUCAUUUACACCUACUCCAUCAAUAAAAUAUCGAUUUAACUUGCUAUUUAGUAGGUGUCGUGAUGGAUUUCCUACGGAAGAAUAUCAUAAAAAAUGUGAUAACUUACCAAAUACUUUAGUUGUAGCAAAGAUACACGAUUCGACUUCCAUUAUUGGUGGAUAUGCUCCAAGAGACCGGUGAACCAUUAAUUGAGAAAACUAUACAAUGUAAAAUGCGUAAAGACAGAGAUAUUGAAAGUGAAUAUAUUCCUUAUUUAUGGGUUGGUCCUAGAUUUGGUGCAAAAGAUUUAGCUAUUGAUUUACAUAAGAUGAAAGCUACUUCUAUUCCUCAAUAUUACGAUAAACCAAUCCAUGAUGUUAAAGAAUUUAAUGUUGACGAUGUUGAAGUUUUUCAAGUUGUUGAAUAUUAAUUAUAGAUGUAGGAAUAGAAGUAACUAUUAAAAAAAACGACACAGAAUGAAUAUAUUAGCAUUGUACUAUGAUAUAUUAAAUUU